AUGAAUGCCAAGGCGGCAGCAGCCUGCAGCCUUGCCGGCAAGAAGACCUAUGCCUCCGACUACAUUGGAUUCGUGCUUUUAUUCGUGUCCUACCUUUUGGUGCGUCUCUCAUUUACAUGCGCUUGCUUACCACACCUCCAUACACGGACGACGUCAACAACAUCUAACAAGCCGCCGCAAUUCCAGAUCCAAUUCUUCGUGGAGCCCUUCCACCGCAUGUUCUCUCUCAACGACCUCCGCAUCGCCUUCCCCCACGCCGAGGUUGAACGCGUGCCCCUCCUCCACGACUUCAUCUAUGCUCUCUUCAUCCCACUCGGCCUCGUAACCCUCACCAACUUCCUCACCCACGCCCCGCGCCACAAACACCACGUCACCCUCCUCGGCCUCGCCAUCUCCCUGAUCCUCGCCUCUCUCCUAACCGACAUCAUCAAAAACGCCGUCGGGCGCCCCCGGCCAGACCUCCUGGCGCGCUGCCUCCCCGCGCCCAACACCCCGCGCGACGAGCUCGUCACCAUCGCCGUGUGCACCCAGACCCACCACCACACGCUGCACGACGGCUGGCGCAGCUUCCCGUCGGGCCACUCCUCCUUCGCCUUUGCGGGGCUCGGCUACCUGGCGCUGUUCCUGGCGGGACAGAUGCGCAUUUUCGCGCACGCGGCCCCCGGCAGCGUGGGCGACCACGCGCAGAAGCUGGUGCGCGGGGAUUUGGUGCGCGCGCUGGUGUGUGGCGCGCCGCUGUUGGGAGCCACGAUGAUUGCCAUUAGUCGGUGCCAGGACUAUCGGCAUGAUGUGUAUGAUGUCGGGGUGGGCGGAUUGUUGGGGUAUACGGUGGGGUAUUGGAGCUAUAGAAGGUACUGGCCGCGGUUGAGCAGUGGGCGCUGUGAGGAGCCGUAUGCGGGACCGCCUGCUGCCGGGGAGGAUGGUGUUGGUGGUGGGUAUGGGAGGUUGGGGGAUGAAGAGGAGGGGUUGGGCCGAGGGAGGAAUGUAGGUAUUGGGCUGGGCAUGCUGAGUCCGAGAUGA